UGAUGGCUUUUGAGAAGACCGACAUACCCCAGCAAGACGUCGACGAUGCUCUUAUACUAGAAGUGGGGAAGUACUCUACAAUGGACUUCAAUUACAUAAACGAUCAAUAUAAACAAUUCGAUGACCCUUUCAACAGGGAGUGGAAUAUGCUGGCUAAUAGGUGUUUCGAUGAUUAUACUAAAUGCCUUAUAAGUCAGGAUAACCCUACACCUGUUUGCGGUUACAACAGGAACGAGCCUAGAUGGGAGUUCUAUGGAUUUAGGUCUUUUAAUACUUAUUGCGAUGCGUUUUUUGAUAAUUGCAGAAGGGGCUACAGGCAUUGGAGAAUACUGGAUACUGGAAAAUGUCAUUAUUACAAAUUGGUAGCAGAGUCUUUUAGAAAAUGGUUCGGGAAAACUUCUAAAAAAGUUAGAAAAUUUUUACCUUUGUGAUCAAAAAAUUUGCUUUAAGUAUGCAAAUAAAAUUUUAAUUAAAGUUAAGUAUGAA